AAGUUAAAUUUCUGUUUUGAAACAAUCGUGGAGAACUCGGAUUUUCUGUUCAGUCUACAAUAUAUAACCUCACUGGAUAAUGACCAAGUAAUUCAAAUUUUGUCGAACGAGAAUUUGAAAUCUGCAAAGUUACCAAAUGUGUUAAAUAUAAUUUCUCGAAGAAGCUACCGCGAAGUGCUUGUUCACAAAAAUCCAAAGUUAUCUUAUCAAUACUAUUUUCCAUUUAAAAUAACUCAUGUUACAAAUGCUGCUUUUAUUGGAGACUAUUAUGGUGAGUGUCCACA